AUGCCUGAUGCUGAACAACCUGCUCUCGACAAGAACAAAUUCGACAACCAAGUUGAGUUUCCUCAAGCUCUCAUCGACGCUCCUGCUGAGGACCGCAAUGGAAGGGUCAAGACACUACACGCCGCCUUAUCCCACGAUCUCUUCUCAUUGGCGUUCUUACCCCUCCGCAAACAUGUGUCUCCUACGACCAACCACGAGCGAGUCAAUGAACCCCAGCAAGAAACCCCCCGACUGAAUGACGGUCAUCUUCUCUGUCGUUCCUUUCCUCAGGAUCUCCGACUCGCUGAGCCUUACAACACCACUACCUUCGUCGAUCAGGUCGAUAGCCCUGACAAGAUCUUCUAUGUCGACAACAAUCUUCACAAUGUUCAAAUGCCCUCACAAAUCCAUCAUCCCCUCGCACGGCAACACCGCCACCUUGCUUUAUGUCCAAUGCUACUACAUGUCUCUGCGAGAAGCAUGUUGCGACAAGACCUAUAG